AUGACACAAGAUAAACCUGCUACGCUGCCGUUUUAUAUUGUCAAUUCAGGCGACUGCUACGAACUACAGGAAACUCACGAAUCGACCCUUGAUACAAAAGAGGUCUCUAGCCUGUUGCAAGACACCAAUGCUCCUAAUACACCCUCAGAAUGGAGCUGGACUGCCCAAAUACCCUGGAAAUGGAACGACUUCACGACGUCGACUAUGACCUAUAUGAGGAGAGUAAAGACUGCGGUCAUGGAAAUGAAGGUAUACCACUGGUUGAUUUUGUGGGGAAUCCUCCUAUUCAUUCCAAUGAUGACCUUCUUGGGGUUCUAUAUAAAAGAAUCAACUUCACCAUAUGGCACCCUCUUAUCAUGGAUAACUUAUUUGAUGGGAAUCUUUGUUAUGGCCGGUCUCUGGCUCUACAUCGCCCAAACCACUAACCAAGCAGGUCCAACGCUUGAAGAAUUGGAAGAAGGUCGUGCUGGUUACUCGAUCAAUGGUGGUGACACCAGCCAGGCGCCUGCUAAUUCGGGUAGCUUGGCUUGUGAAUGA